AUGAAAGUCUUGCCAAAUGCUAAAUGGCAGAGACUUUUGGAGGAGGCCCAGGGUCCUAUAAUGGCUUUUCGCGGUGCUGGAGAGGUGUUCACUAUAAGCCAAGACUUCUGCUCCGACGACGGGGUUAGCCUUCACAGAGGAGAGAAGGUGGUCCUCAUCAGUACCAAAGGGCAGGACCCAGCGAAGCUAGGGUGUAACGCCUUGGAAAGCGGCCAGAGCUCACCUUGGCCCUUCCUCACCUAUCAGCCCAACCGAAAUAGUCCGGCUACCUGCCCACUAUACUUAGCCCCUAUUCUCCCUACCAAUGUGUCAAAACACCUUCCGCCAUUUGUACCAUCUAAGCCCAAGCGAAGCCUUCUGUUGCCUAUGUGCUUAGAGCUGAUCAACACACGGGUUCGUAUCGAUUCAGAAGAAGUGAAUCUAGGAUUGGAUAUCGAAGAAUUACUGGAUAGCAGUGCGGCCAAACACAAAAUGGCUAUACGACCGAAACGGAAAUACGAAAAACGAAAUCGACAAAACAGAUGGAAUGUGCAGUCUCUUGAAGAUCCAUCGAUUAAGGGAUGGGUACCUAUUGUAGUUCUUCAAGAAGAAGAACCAAUUGAAUUGUUGCAAGUCCAAGAAACGAUGUUUCGUAAAGAGGUUCUACUUGAGGGAAUAAAAUACUAUGCUAAAGAACCUAAAUCACUUGGCAGAACAUUCUUAAGAAUGGAAAGAGAUUUUGACAAACACGUUUCAUACUGUCAUGAAGAACCAUCGGCUCAGGAAUUUCUACAGGAGAAUGCUGAUGUCAGAGACUACUUUGAGGACCUGGCAUCCAGACUUCACGAUGAUAAGAACCUGAGUGAGCACCUCAAGUUACCGAUCCAGCGAAUCAACGACUACCAGCUACUGCUGAAAGUAAGUGCAAUUUGGGAUACAUAG